AUGCCAGGGAAGGACGCGAGCACCUCUGUGCAUCACGAAGGAAUAUGCCGAGUCCUCAAGGACCCCCCCGCCGCGUACAAAGCCCUCGCCCGAGAAAAGAGAUAUAUAUGCACCGAGUGCGGGAAAAGCUUCAGGCAGAGCUCAAAUCUCAUCGCGCACCGAAGGACGCACACCGGAGAGAAACCUUACAAAUGCGGCGGGUGCGAGAAGUUCUUCAGCGACAGAUCCAACCUGGCGAAGCAUCAGCGGCUGCAUGCCGAGAAAAAGCCCUCGCCGUGCCGCGAGUGCAAGAAAAACUUCGGGAACGACCUGGAUUUUCUCGAGCAUCAGCGAACGCACGCCGGGGACCGAGCGUUUCGAUGUUACCGGUGCGGGAAGAAGUUUGGGCAGAGUGGGAAGCUCGCUCUGCACCAGGAAUUGCACGCGAGGGAAAAAAUCUACAAGUGCCCCCGGUGCGAGAAAUGGUUUAAAGACCGGCCGACCCUCCUCAGGCACGAGAUGCUGCACACGGGGGAGAAGCCCUACAAGUGUCACCAGUGCGAGAAGAGAUUCACCCGCAAGUCGGACCUUACGGUCCACCAGAGAAUCCACACCGGGGAGAAACCUUUCGCUUGCUCCGAGUGCGGGAAAAGCUUCAACCAUCGGUCGAACCUUUUUGCCCAUCAGAGGAGGCACACGGGCGAGAAACCCUUCCCGUGCCAAGAAUGCGGGAAAAACUUUGGCCACAGGGCAGAUCUGGUGGUCCACCAAAGGACCCACACCGGGGAAAAGCCCUACCGCUGCUCCGAGUGCGGGAAAUGCUUCAAGGGUCGCUCCACGCUCGUGAGACACGAGAGGUUGCACACGGGGGAGAGACCGUACCGGUGUCCCGAGUGCGGGAAAAGUUUCGGGUUGAGCGGGGACCUCGUUGCCCACCAGCGUUUCCAUACGGGGGAAAAACCCUACAAGUGCCGCGAGUGCGGGAAAGCCUUCAGCAACGGCUCCAGCCUCCUUAGGCAUCAACGACAGCACGCGGGCGAGAAGCCCUACAAGUGCCACGAGUGCGGGAGGAGCUUCGGGCAGAGCACGGAUCUCAUCGCCCAUCGGCGAACCCACACCGGGGAGAAGCCCUACCCUUGCCCGGUCUGCGGGAAGAGGUUCGGUAGGAAAUCCAACCUUGUGGUGCACCAGCGAGUGCACGGAGCGGGCGCGUUCUCCAAACGCCGGCAGCGUGGGAACAACUUCCCGGAGAAUUCGGCUCUUUCAGUCCAUCACGACGUCUUGGUGGAGGACAACGCUGCCCUGUCCUCGGCCCCGCUUAACGUUGGCGGUGACACAGAGGAGAAAAACCAUUAA